AACGAGAGGCAUUCUCGAGUCUCCGUCUUCAGGGAAAGAGCCAAGAUGAAGAAGAAAAGCCACGGAAAGUUACCACCAAUGACACAAAGAGUCCUUGAGCAUGACGUAGGGGUGAGCCACGUAGGUGUCUUCAACAUCUUGGAGUAUGGCCGUGCAAGCAUGAGAUCGGCACAUCCCUGAACUUUAUAAGGCCGGCUUGGGGAGAAUCGUGGGUCCCCCCAAAGCUUGAGUGUGCCGACAAUGAACGAGAAAGAAGACGUACUUGCCACCCCAAAAGGCGAAGAGACGCCGUCUGCGUCUACUUCUCCGACUCAACAUCCCUCAGACCUGUCCAAUUCUUCACUCAAUGUCUCGCGCCCGGAGAAGAUCAAGUCACUGUGGAGCAGGCUCGGCGAUUUGCCCGAGUACCCGAUCCUGCCUGGCCGGGCGCUGCUUUCCGGUCGGGCACUCAACUGGAGCAUCACUCUAAUCGCCAACGUCGGAUUUUGCAGCUUUGGCUAUGAUCAGGGCGUCUUGUCAGGACUGGUCACGCUCGACGACUUCCAAAAAGACAUUCCUCUGAUGGCGCCUUUUGAUCCGACACGCGAAUACUGCUUCGAACCGAAUCAGUGCCUCGGUGACGAGAAUAUCCAGGCAACUGGUGUGGCAAUCUACCAAGUCGGAUGCAUUCUCGGCGCCGUCGCGGUACUGGUGUGGGGUGACGCCUGGGGAAGGCGAUCCUCGACGUUCUGGGGGAUUGUCCUCAUGAUCGUCGGGACAGUGUUUCAGGUCGCCCUCGCUGGCAGUCCCGCCACGACUUAUGCGCUUUUCGUAGUCGGUCGUGUUAUUGGAGGCUUGGGCAAUGGCGCUGUGACGAGCACGAUCCCAACAUGGCAAUCGGAGUGCGCCAAAGCGAAGAACAGAGGCAUGAUCAUCAUGAUGUCUGGUGCUAUGAUCGCCUUUGGCAUCAUGAUUUCCUACUGGGUCGUAUAUGGCUUUUACUUUGCCACAGGAACGAUUCGGUGGCGGUUCCCUCUGGCUUUCCAAUGCGUCUUUACCAUCUUCGUCAUGAUCGGCGUUCUCUUCUUGCCUGAUUCGCCCCGUUGGCUGCUCCUGAAGGGGAGGAGGCAAGAAGCACUGGCCGUCACCGCUCGCCUUGCCGGCAAAGCUGAAGACGACGAGAACGUCCUUGCCGAAUUCAAGCAGGUAGAGGACGCACUAAAGACGCAAAACGCAGGCGGUUUCAAGUACUCCGAGUUGCUCGACCGUGGUCCCAACCGCAAUUUGCAAAGGACUCUCAUUGCGGUCUGCGCCCAAUUCUUCCAGCAGAUUGGUGGUAUAAACCUCCUGACCUACUACCUCGCGCUCCUCCUUGAGCAAUCGCUUGGCUUCGCUCCAGAUUUGUCCAGACUGAUCAGCGCUUGUAACGGGACGGAAUACUUUCUAGCCUCGCUCGUCGCGCUGCCACUUGUUGAGCGUUCAGGGCGACGUGUUUUGAUGCUCGUUGGCGCUGCAGGCAUGUCUGCCUCGAUGGCGGUCCUGGCGGGUACCGUCUCGACCGGAGUUGUCGUCGACGGGGCGCCUGUGCUCGAUGAUGGGCCUGGUAUUGCCGCGGUGGUUAUGCUCUUCGUCUUCAACACCUUCUUUGCCGUAGGCUGGCUCGGUAUGACAUGGCUAUACCCUGCCGAAGUGACCGGCCUGCGCAUCCGUAUCCGCGCCAAUGCCCUUGCGACGAUCUCCAACUGGUGCUUCAACUUCCUCAUCGUCAUGAUUGGUCCACCAGCCUUGGCCAACAUUGGUUACCGCACCUACAUCAUCUUUGCCGUCAUCAAUGCCUUCAUUGUCCCCGUCGUGUACUUUUUGUUCCCCGAAACGGCGCACCGAUCCCUGGAAGAAAUCGACGUCAUCUUUGCAUCUGCCAAGGAACGGGGCAUGUCUGCCGUCAAGCAGAGCCUGACAAUGGAGAAACUCGUUGGCGAGGACCUCGAUGCGAGCGUCGAGAAAUAUCUGGGCGCCGAGGCUAGAGCAAGAGGAAAGGGGCCGGACCACGUUGCCUGAUAUUGGUCUUGUUGAUCGAUAUGGUUGCGAAAUAGCUUUGUGAUGAGCGACGGUCUGCGUCGGGCCGCUUUCUGUCUCCAUCUGUUCGAUUAGAGGCGCGGUAUCUGCAUCCGAUGAUUGCACCACACGAUCAUAUUCCUCACAAACCUUCCAUCGGCUUGCCGAGCGGUGGUGAGAGAUCAGAUCUUACACCCCUGAUUAUCCUUGACAUCCCUUGUGCUGGACGAAACAUAAAUAACACAAUUCGAUCUAUUGUUCU